CGAACAACAACGAGGACUCAGGCGCUAGUAAACGCUGAGAGAAUGUGACAACCAGGUGUUCUACUCUUUCGUUUUAAACAAGCUUAACCCACAUGCAAAUGGCGACUCGAAAGCAAACAACUGAACAGGUAAACAGCUAAUACGUGGUUUUCACAAAAAAGGCAUUUAAGACUUACGAUUGAUAGGCUGGAUAGGCAAAACCCAGGCAGGUCACAAUCAAAUCUGCUCCAUAGCCAAACACAAGAUAAAGGGCGAAUAUACCAACAAGACCUAUAAGUGCAAGAACAGCAUGGUCAGAGGCGAAGGGACGGGGACUCGUCCAAAAUGCGUUAGAGUAUCUACAAAUUACCGAGAAAUAAAUAAAGCCUUUUCACUCCAGUCUUCUUCUCGAUUUUAUCUAAGACAUCGGUAAAGAAAUUCUUCUCGUGAAGCCAAUUAUCGAGCUUUUCUUUGCCCGUAUUUAUACUCUCCGUAGCCGACAUUUUUGCAAAUUACAACGGAAUUACUUAUUCCAAGGCGGGUUUGCGAUAAACCAUGUAUUCCUCCAAGGGACUGGUCACAUGACUUGUUCAACCAAUCGGCGUUGUGUUCAAUACAUGACUUAAUCAGUCACGUUCUGUUCACGUUCAGGCAAAUGGUUGUUUAUUUUCAGGGCACCAUUUCAAUAUCAAGAAAAAGAGUGUAGUUUAAAAUCGCGCACUGUCUUCCUUCCAGGACUUACGAUAGAGAGUAAUUACUAAUAAGUAUCUAAAAAUCGUUCUCUUACUUGCACAAAUGUUCCCCGAAACGCGAAUGUUGUGUUACACCCGUCCUCACCUCACGUAUUGACAUAAUUUCUUGGCUUUUCCCCAUCCUAGCAACUGAUCAAUGAUUAUUCAGAUGUGCAGGCAAAGCUAUACUAAUGCGUUUUGUUUGUAUUAUUUUGAUACAAAAUAAGAAUUUAAGUGAGGUGAUAUGUCCGACCACGGCUAUUAAAAACUCAGUAGAAAAAUAUAUUGUGAGCCUGUUUUUGGCAGCAAUCCAGAUCAAGUACCAGAGCGAAACUAGGCAAAUUUCGAAUACGUCCUUAACUUAUUUAAAGGAUCUUUAUACUCAAUGACGUAUGUACUUCGAAGUUAUGACGUCCGCAGCGAUAAUUUCAAGACGAAAACUUUUGCCUCAAAACUUGAAGGAAUUUUCGCCACGCUAGAGUCACGAACUAGCCGACUGUGGCAGGAAAUGGACAAUCAUUGUUACUCAGUUACUGGUAAUUAACAAUUUCAAUAACUAACCAGCGGGUAUGGGAUUUUUCUUCGCCAAUUCCUUUCCCUUCUCCAUAUACGCUUUUAGCGAGUCCGCUUCUUGUGUUGUAUCAUUUGAAACUUGUGCGUUCGUUGUAGCAUCUUCCAUACUUUCAUGUACAAGUUCGCUGGCCAAAUACCGGUGUGCGGAGAUCAGGAAUUUCGUUUGCGACGAUCGUUAGAUCUGCCGUGACUUUCAGCCAAUCAUGACACCCGCGGACAAGCGCAUGCGGAGUACCUACUUACCUUACUUCUGCAACAGGUUUACUCAAUAAAGAAUCUGUUUCAAGUUAGAUUCUGAUAAAAGCUUCUUAUUUUUUUUUCUGGGGAAAUGAUCGAACCUCUCAGGUGCACAGCUAAUUUAUCCGGCUGGCCUGGGCUGACCUAGGAUACGACAAUAUUUAAAUAAAAGAUACCUUCCUCACUUUCCCGUAAAUUUUCUUUCAGUUUCAGUAGUACCUCUGUAAGAAUGGCCAAUCAAUCAUUGAAACUAUUAAGAUUUUUUGUCUUUUAUAAUUCAGACUAGCCUCCUGGACUAGUUUUAAUUUUUUUUCUUCCUAGUGCAUGGUUUGUACCCAAGAAGAGUUUGCUAUCAUAAAAGACUGGGAACUAAUCAGGAUAAAAUCCAAAAUGGUGUUCGACAGGCUAAGAGGAAUCGAACGAGAAAAUCUCCCUCUUUCGCGGCAACAAACCGUUGACGACCAGGAAUCUCUAGCACAACAAAAUAUUUUAUCAUCUGUUAAUGGAAAGACACCAAAAGAGCAUCAGAUAGGUGAGUUACCAAGCUGUUAACAUGAAAACUUAGCCGAUAUGCUAAACUGUCAACGGCCUUACGUUUGUGACUUUCAGGAACUAAGAAAUAUAUGUUAUGUAACUACUUACAAUUUACUGAUACCGUUGUGGUUAUUGCUAUAAUUAAUCUAAAAUGAGUAGAAAAUGGUUUUAAUAGCGUAGCAGAGACUCUGUACAUCAUCGUUAGAUAUAUGCACGAUGGAGCAUAAGAAAUAAACUUGUUUGAAUUAGUAACAAAAUAAUCGUUAUUGGGUUUAGAACAAUUUGUCUCUUUUGGAGUGCUCUAGAUUGUUGAGAAUUCUGCUCUGCCUGUUUUACUUUCCUGUUUGAUGUGUGGUGCUCACUACUCACGAUUACAAUAGCUGUUUUUGUUUUAUUUUUAUUAUUUCUUGUCAUGGAACUUAAACUGCCCUUCUUACAUGCUGAGCUUAAUUUGCCAUCGAUUGAAAGAGGAUGGGGGGUGGGGGAGGGGGAGUGGAAGCAUGGCUUGGGAGAAUAAGAUACAAUUUUAUGGGUGUGAGAGGUAUAUAAUGCUAAGUAGUGGCAUGCCUAAGGUGCAAGAGGCAUUAAGGAGGGGGUAGACAGGAGGAGGUGUUAACAGUUUGAAGGUAAAUGAUUCAAGCUUAACACUUGAAGUUUAAAGUAAAAGUUGGUAAAUUGUCUACUUUCAUCGGUUAGUUGACACCAGUAGCAGUUCCUGAAUAUUUGCUUUUUCCUUUGUAUGAUUUGUGGUGUAGUUGCUCAUUUAUAACACAAUCAACAAAUUUAUAUGGUUAAUGUAUUUCUAUUUUUCAUCUUUGCAGAAAGCACACAAAGACUUGUUGGUUUUGCAAUUGGUACUGGGAGGUAGGAUGGAAGAAUCCCUCUGAGAAUUUUCUUAACUGGUUACUAUUUGUGAUCUGUCUCCUUAUGAGUGUAUUGUUUCUCUUAGUAUUCUUGCUGCACAGUUUCUGACACAUCCAUUUACAGUCUUCAGGAGACAGUGUCAGGUAUCUUGUGCUUGCAUUAAUUGUUCUAUGAAUAAAUUCAAUAAUGUUGACUGUAUAAUGAUAAGUAAAAUGUGGUCAACUGUGGGUUGAAAAUGAGAUCCUCAAGCAAGUCUUAUGAUGACAAACAUUACAAGAGGUUUGUUUAUCCCAACAUGAAGUUGGCUUUUAGAAAAUGGUAUCCUUGUUGGAAAGCUUGCUCAGGGAAACUUUGAAAUUGUGUUUUUUGUUAUAAAAAUUACUUGAAUGCAAGGAUUAGCACCUCUGUCUCUGCCUCGGUGGCAUAUCAUUAUGAUAUCAUACUUUACAUUUAGUCAGUAUCUGUUUUAAUUUGUUUUAAUAAAAAAUUAGUAGAUCUGUUGAACAAGGACAACCAGAUGAGAUAUUAAGCCAGUCUGACUAAGAACAGAACAUCAAAUGAAUCUAUUUUUGAUGGUGCCACAAAUUGAGAACUGCCUAUUCUGUAUUGUUUUAUUGAGUUUUUCUUCACCAGGUAAAUCAUGGUGCCAGAAAAUACCACUUAGCACCCUUCACUGUGUUCCAAAUCUUGCUUCGUGUGAGAAGAAGUCAGGUGAGAUUAUUAAUUUUAUACUGUGAACAUAGAAUUGGAAAAAUCUACUCUGAGGCUGUGGUUAUAGAUGCUUGAUAAAGACCAAACCCCUGUAUUUAAAUUGAAAUGAUCAUGAUUGUGAUUGAUGCUGUCAUUUUAGGGUUAUGGUGCUUUGUGGAAGGGUUGUGGUAGUACCUAUGUUGUGUGUGCUGUCAAUUUCUUUGGUGAAGCAGCAGUGAGCAGCCUUACUCAUCUACCCUAGUAAGUCACAAGUAGAACUGUGUAAUUAGACAGAGUAAUUUUCAAUUGAGUAUUGAAAAUUGAUUGCUUUGGUUUUGCUUUACUUGGCUUUGGUCCUUUGGUUACUUGAGAGUUGUGCCACUUUGUCAAUCAGUCAAAUCCAAAACUGAAACCAGUCACAACAUAGCUGCUGGAUUUUUGCUUUGUUUCAGGGUGUUCAGAUAUUUUUUAAAUGAAUUGCGAAAAUUGGAAUACGGUCAAACAUGUACAAAGAGUUCAUGAAAGAGUCUGUAAAAAGCAUUGUUUGUCUUAUUAAGCAUCAUUUGGUAAGCCAUUCUUAACUGAAUUUUCACAUCAAUCUUUUUAGUGAAAAACCAGAGAGAACUAGUUCAUACAAAGAUGUUGGAGGCCAUCUUCUUUUGAAAGGGUAUGAAUGAGAUUAAGUGACUUCUAAAAUAGUUUUAUGAAAUGUGUGCUCUGUUUUACAAUUGACUGAUGGAGAUGAAAAGUAAAAUUAUACACCAUAAAUGAUGAGAUUAAAAGGAAUGAUUUAGGGAAGUCCAGUUAAUUAUCACUUCAAACACAGCAAUGAAACAGUCUCAGUAUCAUACCAUUGUCUCUUGGUCAUUUCUUGUCUUGCAGCUUUGUAAAUUUUUGGCCAUUUUUUAUUGUUGAUUUCUGCACAAUGCAUGAACAUUCUCUUUGCUUUCAUUGGAGUUCUAUUUAUACCAAAUGUACCUUCAAGUUGGUGUCAUUUUUUUCUUGAUGUUUUGUAACAUUAUUGAAUGAUUUUACAGAUUAAGUUUGGCUCUUAGCAUGCCAGUGGCGGCAGCAAGCUUAACAGAAACAGUCAAGGUAAAUAUAUUAUCACAUCCUUUUUUUUUUUGGUUCUUCAUGUCACUAGAGGUUUUGCUAGCCUUCUUUCAUGUAAAUGUCAGUCUCAAAAAUUUAAGUUUGCUUUUCACAUCUAUCAGUGAUAUUGAACAAAAGAACUGCUGACAUCUACAACAGAUUUUAUGUUAAAUGUUGUCUUAUUUAUUGAUCGUCACUUGAUCAGCAAGUGGGCUAGGGAAAGGGGAAGAAUCUCCAACUCUCUGUACCCUGAUCACCUCUCUCCAUCUUUUAGUUCAAAAUCUUUCAGAUUACAGGUUAUCAUAAGUUCCUACAUACCACAAUCUCCACUCCCAUAUCCCAUACCUCUGCACUCAUAAACUCUCCUUUGCAACCUUCCUGUCCCCUGCCAUGGGUCAGCCAUGAUCAGCCAGUUUUUAAUAUGUUGGUGAUUUUGUUUGUUUCAUGGUCACAUUUUUGCACUCCUCCCUUGCUUUCCACCUGUUAAAAUGUUCAACUCUUAAGCCUUGUCUCUCUGUUCUCUUGCAUGGCAUCAGUCUUCUACUUUCAAGUGUUACAGUGUACCCCUGUAUCCAUGUACUGAUCAGCUGUAACCAGCCAAGUUUAGGGGGCUGGUGCUUUUGUGUGUCAGUUAGGGAUGUUUAUUUAGCUCUCUUAGUGUAGCAGUGUACUUUGAUAUUUGAAAGUGAGGUAUGUGAUCUGAAUAUAUUUCUUGCUUUUCUUUCAGAGUGACCUCACCCGUUACCAAGACAAUAUGUUUGACAGUUUAAAAGACUGGAUGUACCGCAUUGUAGGCUGGGAUAGAUCAUCAGGUCGUCAUGGUCGCCUCCUCCCCAUGUGGACCCUGGUGCUUCCCACAGUUCUUCACGGCCUGCUUACCUAUGUCUUGGGUACAUUGAUUCAACACUUGGUAUUGAUAAAACUGAAGGGCAAGGGCAUCCACAAGUCACCCGACACAGACCCUACAUCAUCAGAUGAGGAACCGCCGGGCCCUACUGAUAUGACUCGUACUUAUUACCCAGAACUUGUGGCCAAUUUUUAGCAUUUUUUAUCCCUGAGUUUUUGUUGUAUCCUUUGAGACGGUUCUUAACCAACUGUAUGUCCAAGGCACUCGGACCAUCAUUGACGAUCUUGAUACUGGUACUGGUGUGGUGCCACUAUGUACAAACUAUGAUGGUAUGUUGGACUGUUUCCGCUCCAUCUGGCGGGAUGAAGGUCUUGGGGGUUUUUACAAAGGCUUCGGUGCACUGCUGAUUCAGCUGUUUAUUCACUGGCUCAUUCUAAAGCUGACUCAGUUUGUAUAUAAGGAAAUUUCCCAGGAUUUUAAAGGCAAAUAAUUAAUUGCUUGUGUGUCUUAAGAAAUGAAGAUCUUAAUUAACAAUAUCUUAAUAUUGGGGUCAUUCUUUGUACAGUUGAUGUCACACGGGAUUGUUAAGGGAUAUGUGUAGGACACGAUGAUCUUUGCAACGAUUCCCUUGCUCUCCUAACUAUAAUUUAUCAGAAGUUUAACUAUUUUGGUAUUUUUUAACUGAACUUGAUCCUCUAUGGUUACUUCUGACUGUUAUUGCCUCAAGUGGAAAGAUAAGUUGGCCAAAAAUCGAG